AAAAAUAAAAAUAAAAAACAAAAUUAGUCACUCUCUAUAUAAAACCCAUCAAACCACCAUCACUUCAACCAAUAUCUCCAUCACUUCACCAAACACAAAAACCAUGAAGAGAGACAUCAUCUUCACGGCCGUAGCCAUCUUGGCCCUUGUCGCAAUCGAGACCGCAAACGCGACCGAACCAAAACGCCAUCGGUGGCCGAAACCGACCGAACUCAACAGCAACAGCUUCGACGACAACAAACAAGGCUGGGGUGGUGCCUAUGGCUGCGUCGAGGACCCCACGACGCCACCGUCGCCGAUUCCAUUGCCGCCGGGAUUCCCCGACAUCGGAAGACUGCUGCCGCCGGGAUUCGGGAAUCUGUUUCCGCCGGGAUUUCCCGGCAUCGGUAAUGGCGGCGGAAUGAUUCCGUCAACGGUGACGGUGACGGCGAAGGAGUCGAAGGGCAUAAGCAAGUGCAUGAACGAUCACCCGAAGGCUAAGGAAUGUUACGCUCAGAUCUUGAACAGUUACGCCACCGACACGUUGCAUUUGGAUUCUGAGUGCUGCAAGAUGGUCGUGUUGAUGGACGAUGAGUGCAACGACGUCGUUUACGGCAUCUUCAAGAGCGCUUUCUUCCCUCGUCUCCUUCAAUACUCUUGCCACCUCAAGAACAAGCACUAGGCGCGUUUGUUCCACGCGCUUUUUAUUUUAUUUUAUUUUAUUUAUUUAUUUGUUUGUUAGGGUUUUCGGCUAUGUGCCUUUUUUUU